ACCAAAUUCUCAUUGUCUGCAAACUCGUUACACACGUGGCGCAACUCUCACUCUCACCGAUGAGCGAAAGAGACACGGACACGACAACCUCGUCAAUAUCAUCGUUCUACGACGAGCAAAGCGUUUUCGUCACUGGAGCGACCGGCUUCGUGGGAAAAGUUUUGAUUGAGAAGCUGUUGAGAUGCUCUGCGAAAUUGAAAGCGAUGUACGUAUUGGUUAGACCGCAGAGAGGAAAGACGGCCAAGCAAAGAACCGCCGACAUGUUGACUGACCGGGUAUUUGACCAUCUGCGUACUGAACAACCAACUUUCACCAACAAAAUCAUUGUUUGUGAGGGAGACAUCAUGAAACCAAACUUGGGUCUAAGUGAAGAGGACACGGCCACAAUCACAGACAAUGUCUCAGUCGUAUUUCAUUCUGCAGCGACAGUCAAGUUUGAUGAGCCUCUCAAGCUGUCUGUCAAGAUGAAUGUUGUUGGGGUAAAACAGUUAAUAGCUUUGUGUCACAGAAUGACAAAUUUGAAGGCUCUUAUUCACAUAUCGACAGCGUACAGUCAUUGUGACAGGUCACAGAUUGAUGAAACAAUCUAUCCACCAUCUUUACCACCAGAUAAACUCAUAGAAACCUUGAACUUGUGUUACUGCGCAUGCGCCAGAAAAAUUUGA